AUGGAUGCUCCAGAGCCUUAUCGUUUGGCAAAUAAUCCCAUUAAAGACACGCAGGUGGUACCCACUUCUUCUCAAACACUCACCCCAUCGAGUGCGGGAGACCAGGCUAAGAGAGGGGGAAGAAACCAGUCUUUACCGGAGGACGACACAUCUCAGCUCAGAUCCUUGCAGCUUCUGAAGCCAUCCAACUUGAGUUCUUUGGUACCUCCUUCAGUUCCUGAAUCAUCGCCAAGUAGGACUCCCGCUUGUACGAACUCGCCAGUAAUUGUACCAUGUAAUUCAGCAAAAAUUCAGCUAACAUCUAGUCAAACAAAUCUUGUAAAUAAUCUAAAUCCACGAGCAUCUAAGCUCCGCCCUCCUUCUGGCUCUUUCAAACAAAAACAAAUAAGCAACCCCCGACCAGAGCCUCAAAACUUCCAGGCCAAGACAAGCAUCCCCAGGCCAUUGGCAAGAAGGAAAGAAAUCAUGCAGAAUCCCAAUGGCAAUUUGAAUUCUGGGGAUUGUCUAUCGUCUAAUCGAUAUUCUCGUCUUCCCAAACCAAAGAUACACUAA